GCAAAUAUCGUAUCGCUAACUCGGGAGGGAAAUAAACUAGUGAACAUCUCACUCAUCUCCAGAUUGAAGACCUCUUGUCGCCGGAAAAGCUCCUCCCGUCGGCUAACUGAGUGCCCUCGUCUCCGGAGACGUUUUCUCAUUCUUGUUUCAUCAAGAGGUGGAAAGACAUUUAGGGGUUGAACCCAAGAACAAUAUCAUGCUAAUACAUAGAAUGACGGGAAAAACUAAUUCUUUUGCUGAUGCAUCGAAUGUGAAGAACCUUACAAAUUUUCACCAGUUAAGCAGCUUCUGACUAUGCAUUACCGUUGUAUUCCAUGGCUUUGGCAGUGACUGCUGCACAUUCAUGUAGCAUGUGUUUCAGUAACAGAUGCAUGAGAAGUAUGAUCAUACUUCAGUCUAGGAGAAAACAUUUCUUUUUUUUGCAUGAAAAUCUAAGGCUUAAAAGUUUCCUAUUUACUAGAAUUCCAUAUUUUUCCUCUCAAUCAGAAAAAAAGUUUCCUGAAAUUGUAGAAGAGGCAUGGGAAAUGAAAAACAUCUCAGAGAGGUCAAAGUUUCUGAAAAAGAUGUCAGUCUUAGUUGGCUAUGAUGGAUCCCAUGAUUUCAUUGAGAGUGAAGUAGCUGACAAUAAGUGUGGUCGAGAUUGCAAAGUUCCAGAUGAUUUUGAUAUCACCAUGGCAUGUAAACCGUUUUCUUCCAUUAUUUUGGGUAGUUCUCCUCCAGUAGAGCUAUAUGAUGAAAAUACAGCAUGGUCCAGGAGCAGUAACCUUUUUAUGUCUGAGAUCUGUGAUGGGUUCAUCCCUGGUUCAGUAGAUACAAAAUUGAACAAUUCAGACAGUUUCCAGGAAACAUGGUCUACUCUUUUGCCUGCAUUUGGAGUUGCGAACUCGUUGUCACUUGAAGAUGUAACUCUAGAUCUACAAAAUACUCCUACAAAAGGAACAGAUACUGGACCAAAACAUGGGGACCAAGACAAGAAGGCACCAGUUCAAUUAAUGUUUGACAAAUCUACCAGUUCUAUACCUGGACCAAAAAAUGUGGACCAAGACAAGAAGGCCCCAGUCCAGUUAAUGCUCGACACAUCUAUCAGUUUUAUACCUGGUUUAAGUAAGAGACAUUUGCUGCAGCUGGAGAAAUGUGGUUUCCAUACGCUACGGAAAUUGCUCCAUCACUUUCCUCGGACCUAUGCUGAUUUUCAGAAUGCAGGAACUACAAUUGAAGAUGGGCAAUACUUAAUAUUUGUUGGGAAAGUUGUAUCAUCCAAGGCUAUUAAGGCCAGUUAUUCUUUCUCAUUUCUUGAAGUUGUUGUCGGUUGUGAAGUUGCAGAGCAGACUGAUGCACAUUUGGUUCAGGAUUUUGAUAUAAGCAAAAGUGAAGUUGCCAACCAUGAUGCAGCUAACAGAAAUGUGACUGAUGAAUUUAGCUGUGGAAAAAGGAUGGUAUUUCUACAUUUGAAGAAAUUCUUUCGUGGCACUCGUUUCACAUAUCUACCUUUUCUCAAAAGUCUUCAGGGGAAACAUGAAGUGGGAGAUUGUGUAUGUGUUAGUGGGAAGGUGAAGCAUAUGCGUACAGACCACUAUGAGAUUAAGGAAUAUAACAUUGAUGUCCUUGAUAAUGAACAAGACUCAUCAGUCAUUGAGAUCAAAGGUCGGCCUUACCCUAUUUAUCCUUCGAAAGGAGGCCUGAACCCAAACUCUUUAAGGGACUUUAUUUCAAGAGCUUUACCAACUUUGUCUUCUAAUGUUGAUCCCAUUCCUCAAGAUAUAACUAAGGAUUUUGGACUUAAAUGCCUUCAUGAAACAUAUCUUGGGAUUCAUCAACCAAAGGAUUUUAUUGAUGCAGAGUUGUCUAGGAAAAGACUAAUAUUCGAUGAAUUCUUUUAUUUGCAGCUAGGACGUUUAUUUCAAAUGCUUGAAGGUCUUGGAACACAAUUAGAAAAGGAAGGGAUGCUGGAUAAGUACAGAGACCCCAAACUGAAUACUUUACUUAUAGAGGACUGGUCUAGCCUUACCCAGAGUUUAUUGAAGGCUCUUCCUUAUUCUCUUACUUCUAGUCAGCUUAGAGCAGUUUCAGAGAUAAUAUGGGAUCUUAAGCGGCCAGUUCCGAUGAACCGUCUAUUACAGGGCGACGUUGGCUGUGGGAAAACUGUGGUUGCUUUUUUAGCAUGCAUGGAAGUUAUUAGUUCUGGCUAUCAGGCAGCUUUCAUGGUUCCAACUGAGUUGCUUGCUAUCCAGCACUACGAGCAACUACUUGAUUUGUUGAAAGAAAUGUCGGACGUUGAUGUUAAACCUACCGUUGCUUUAUUAACAGGAUCCACCCCAUCUAAACAAGCAAGGAUUAUUUGUGAGGGUCUCCAAAAAGGAGAUAUAUCUAUUGUUGUUGGUACCCAUAGUUUAAUAUCUGAGAAGAUAUCAUUCUCCGCAUUACGGAUAGCAGUUGUAGACGAGCAACAUAGAUUUGGCGUUGUCCAAAGAGGAAGGUUCAACAGCAAGCUUUAUUACAAAUCUUUUAGUGAGAAACUCGUGGCGACUACUAGUUCAGAUGGAUCCUUGAAAGGAGAAGAUGCCUUUAUGGCUCCACAUGUUCUUGCCAUGUCAGCCACUCCAAUCCCAAGAACUCUAGCUUUGGCUUUGUAUGGGGACAUGUCUCUCACACAGAUAACUGAUUUACCCCCAGGAAGAUUGCCAAUUGAGACACAGACAAUGGAAGGAGACGAAACUUGCCUUGAGAAAGUGUACAAGAUGAUGCUAAAUGAACUGAAAACAGGAGGAAAAAUAUAUCUCGUGUAUCCUGUAAUCCAGCAAUCCGAGCAACUGCCUCAGCUUAGAGCGGCUUCACCUGAUUUUGAAAUAAUAUCAAGUAAGUUCGAACCUUUUGGUUAUAACUGCGGGCUAUUACAUGGAAGAAUGAAGAGCCAUGACAAAGAUGAAGUGCUGAGAAAAUUCCGAUUAGGAGAAAUACAAAUAUUACUUUCUACUCAAGUUAUUGAGAUCGGCGUCGAUGUUCCUGACGCGUCAAUGAUGGUUGUUAUGAAUGCUGAGAGAUUUGGAAUCGCGCAACUUCACCAACUUAGAGGAAGAGUUGGGCGUGGUAUGAGACAAUCAAAGUGCAUUUUGUUAGCAUCUACAGACACUGGCUUAAGCAGGUUGAAAAUUUUGGAAAAAUCGUCGGAUGGAUAUUACUUGGCAAAUAUGGACCUUGUCCUACGUGGACCGGGUGAUUUGCUUGGUAAGAAACAGUCUGGACAUCUUCCUGAGUUUCCUAUUGCUAGGUUAGAGAUGGAUGGGAAUAUUCUUCAAGAUGCACAUCUUGCUGCUCUGAAAAUUCUGAGCAUUUCCCAUGAUUUGAAGAAAUACCCAGAUCUCAAAACAGAGCUUAGCAUGCGUCACCCACUCUGCCUUCUUGGUGACUGAUUAAGCUUCUUUCCAUUGCUAAUACGAUUUAAGGCUGUGUUUUGGAUCUUCAGGCAAGACCCCGAUGAGUCGAGUCUAAUCUAAUCGAGCCUGAAAGAUGCAUAUUUUCUUGCUGACCUGCUUUAUGUACAAAAAAAUAUGGUUUUUAUCAGUAUUAUAUAUGACUACUUUUGGUGCCAUUUGGUUGCUGAUGGCUCUCAUAUAUGGUUUUGUAUUGAGCACUAAUGGCUCACAAAUAGAUUAUGUCCA